AUGGAUUACCGUGCCGCGAAGUCCGGUUUUGCGCGCGAGGUUCAACAGCGAAUUUCCGAAAAAUACAAUGCUGAGGAUGCCGGCAAGGCUCUCCGGUGGUUCAGGAUGUUACCCGUCCCCUCCGGUAUGCCAGAUGUGCUAAAGGAGGCCGCUGAAAAGAUCCCAGCCGACAUAAGCACCGCUCAACCGGAUGAACUCCACGAAUUUCUCAAGGAUGGUCUUGCUCUGGGCUACCUUAUCGGAUGCCUAAAACCAGACGAAGUACAAACCCGGCUGUGCACAAAGUGUUGGACCGUCGCCUCCUCGCCCAUAUUUGAAACCAACCGUCAACGUGAACGGAUCGGUGCCUUCUUAAAGUUCUGUGAGGAGGCUGGUGUCGGCUCAGCUUCUGUAUUUCAGACGGAUCAACUCUUUGAGAAGACCAACCUCCCUCAGGUUGUCAUUUGUCUGACCCAAUUGGGGAUUGAGUCACAAGCAAAAGAGGGUUACCCUGGCCCUCAGGGGUAUUGGCUACAAAAGCAUCAGUCAAAUAAGCGCACUUUCACAGAAGAACAGUUGAAGGGUGGGGAUACGGUCAUCGGUCUGCAGAUGGGUUACGCUGGUGGGGCCAACCAAUCAGGCGUCUCCUUUGGCGCCCGCCGCCACGUAAUGGAUAUGCACUGA